AUGGCUGGCCGUGCGCUGUUGGUGUGCGCCCUCUGCGUGCUGUGCUGCGCCGCCGGCGGGGGCUGGGCGUGGGACCACCUGUGCGAUGAAGAUGGAAAGGAGCUGUUGAACGUAACAGGGGGACAGGGGUGGAAGUUCUGCAGUGGUGAGGCCCUUCGGAAGAUUAUGAAGAUGGGUCUGCCGCAAAACGAGCGAAGUUCUCCUUCGCCGACGGACGCUGAAGUUGGCGUCGGUGCUCAUGGAGGGAAGGCGGGCCACAGUGACGGCGCGGCGUCGGGCCCUGGCGGCAGCGGACACACCGACCCCGAAGAAGAGGGUCGGCAGGGAGCAACAGGGGGCAGCCGCGAGCACUCAGCGCCGGAAACGCGCGGACCUUCAGGGGAUCAGGGGGGCGCGGGGGGACCAGCAGCACCGGCGCCAGGGACGCCCCCACACGAAGGGAAUUUGGGGUCAGUUGACGCCAGUGGACCAAAGCCCGGUGCAGGGGAAGACGGGCAGCUGAAUAACGUGACAGGCAGCGAAGAAGUAACCCUGCAGCCAGAGCCACAAGAGAGAGCGCAACCGCAAGUCACGGAGGGAACACAAACAACACAAGAAGGAGCAGCUUCGUCGGCAGUCUCGAAAAAUGGUCUCUCGCAGUUCCAGGCACAGGAGCCCCGUGGUGAGCGGGGCGCCAGCACGCAACUGAGCAGCGGAGAAGCAACAAUUCUACCGGAUGCCACAAAGAAUACAGCAGAUGGAGGAGAGGGGAAAACAACGCAACUCUCUCCACCAGCAAGCCGCGAAGGUGCUGCCGGCGGCCAGGGUGGGAAUCCCACUGAGCAGGAAACCAAAGACACCACGGAUUCCGAUGCUGCAUGGAACCCAGACAGCCAACAUGAGGUUGCUGCCGCAAUUGCAGCGGCGGGCACUGCAAAGGAACUAGCAGCAACAGAGUCCACCGCCACUGAGGCAAGGGACACCGCGACUACGACUGGCGGUGCCAGCGGCAGCAGCCCCGCAGCGCAGCCGCAGCCGGAGAGUUCCGUGGCGACAACCGAGGCUGGCCAGCCAGAACAAAAGGAGCAGCCCGCAGUGCCUGCUUCCCAAGAGGAAACAGAAACGAGUGGUGAGAGAAGAGAAGCCACUCAGCCGGCAGCGGGGGCGACUGCUCAAGCGGCGAAAACCACCAACUCGACGAAUGCAGCGAAGGCGGUGCCCGGCGACAGUGACGGCAGCAGCACCGCGGCAUCGCACUCCGCCUCCCCCCUUGCGCUGCUUUUUCUGCUUGUGUGUGCGGCUGCCGCUGCGAUGGUGGCCGCGUGA